AUGCGUAAGAAACAGAUGCAGUACAAGGAUGAAAGAACUCGCUUGACGACUGAAAUCUUCACCAAUGUUAAAAGUUUAAAGUUAUAUGGUUGGGAGGGUCCACUGUUGGAACGUUUAGACCAUGUGAGAAAUGGCCUCCAACUGGCCAAUCUUAAGCAGAUGAUUCUCUUUUCCUGUGUCAUUGACUUUGUAUGGAUAUUGAUUCCUUACUUUAUUUCAUGUUCUACAUUUGCUUUAUAUGCUUAUUUGGAAGAUGUUCCACUUACAGCAGAUAUUGUAUUUCCUUGUAUUACUUUGUUCGACAUGAUGACAUCACCUUUGAAUGAUAUCCCCCGAAUGAUAUCGAUGAUUGUUGACUCGACGGUUUCUUUCGUGCGUGUAAGGGACUUUUUAGUCAGCCAAGAGUUACAAACUGAUGCUAUCAUUCGUCAGCCAGCUGCUGUUGAGUCUGGCGAGGUUUCUAUUGAUAUCAAAGAUGCCAGUUUUCUCUGGGAUGAAAACGACGAAUCGUCGACUAUCCUUACAAAUGUCAACUUUAGUGCUCACAAGGGCAGUCUUUUUUGCAUAGUAGGAAAGGUCGGUGCUGGUAAGACCAGUUUUCUGAAAGCUUUACUGGGAGACCUCUACCGAAAGCAAGGAUCUGUUACGGUCAAGGGCUCGAUUGCCUAUGUGGCCCAGGACCCCUGGCUCGUAAAUGGAACUGUCAAGGAUAAUAUUUUGUUUGGUUGCAGAUACGAUCCCGAGUUCUACCAGAAAACAAUCGAAGCUUGUGCACUUGUGUCUGAUCUUGAAAUCCUUCCCGACGGUGAUAAUACUGAAAUUGGUGAGCGUGGUGUAAGUUUGUCUGGUGGACAAAAAGCCCGUGUUAGUUUGGCAAGGGCUGUGUAUGCUCGUGCUGAUGUAUACCUCCUAGACGAUCCAUUAUCUGCUGUUGAUGAACAUGUCCGAAAGCAUAUCACCGACAAUGUCAUUGCCGCUGGCGGCUUAUUAGCCAGUAAGACCAUUGUACUUGCAACAAACGCUAUUAGUAUUCUCUCCAAAGCAUACGAUAUUACACUUCUUGAAAACGGAGCUAUUCGUGAACAGAAGUCGUUUACUCAGGUGAUGGAAGAACGAUCUGGUCUUCUAUUCGAGCUUAUCGAAGAACAUGGUACCAACCAAGAAGAACCUGUCAUUGGAUCGCCAGCGAACAGUAGUGUUACGGAAAUAGUCACUACUGGUACCGAGCCACUAGCAGCCGCUGAUUCGGAAACCAUUUCAUCUAUUGCUCCACUCUCUCGGAAAUCCAGUGUAACCACUCUCAGAAGAGCCAGUAUGGCCAGUUACACCAAGAAAAAGGUUAAAUUGCCCAAAGCCGUUGCAAAGAAAACACAGCAAACUCGUGAGGAUACUCAAAGCGGUAGAGUCAAGUGGCAUGUCUACCGUCGAUAUGUUGAUGCAUGUGGUUAUGUUGCUUUGGCAGUAUCAGGACUUUUGAUUCUACUUAGUUCAGUGCAAACUUUAGCGGCUAAUUUCUGGCUCAAGGCUUGGGCUGAGCAGAAUGCAACUCUCGGCUCGAAUGAGAAUGUCAAAUACUGGAUUGGAGGCUAUCUUGCACUGGGAUUUUUGUCUGCUUUUAUCAGUACGGCAAGACGUAUUGUGGCACGUAUAAAUUGCGGUUUGACCGCUUCAAAGAUUCUCCACGAUAGAAUGGCUUAUACUGUGAUGAGAUCACCCAUGUCAUUCUUCGAAACUACUCCCGUUGGAAGAAUCAUCAACAGAUUCUCAAGUGAUGUCAAUGAACUAGAUGAGGGCCUCCCCGUUGCAUUUUUGGACCUCAUCCGUACCAUUGUCAAGCUGAUCGUAUCCUUAGGUGUUGUCAUAUAUGGAGCACCAAUUGUCCUUGUCAUUAUGAUUCCAUUAUCUGGAUUGUACUAUUACUAUCAAUUCUACUAUCAGAGUGCCUCGAGAGAGUUGAAGCGUCUCUUGAGUAUUUCAAGAAGUCCUAUCUUUGCUCAUUUCCAGGAGAGUUUGAAUGGUAUUAGCACUAUUCGUGCAUUUGACCAAGGGGACCGGUUCAAGCACUUGAAUACUCAAAAGAUUGAUGGCAAUAUUAGAGCAAUCUUCUUGUUUAGAAGCGCUAACCGAUGGCUGUCUUUCCGAUUGCAAAGUAUUGGCGCUGUUAUUGUUCUCACUACUGCCUCGACUAUUGUGAUUGGUUCAUCUCGUGGAAUAUUCACUCCCGGUCUAAUCGGUAUUAUUAUGACUUAUACAUCGCAAGUGACUGAACUGUUGAGCUGGAUUGUGAAGGCUAUUGUUAAUCUUGAAACUAGCGUUGUUGGUGUUGAAAGAGUUCUUGAGUAUUGUGAUUUACCGAAUGAGGCCCCAGAAGUUAUAGAAAACGUGAGACCACCAGCCUACUGGCCCACAGAGGGUAAAGUCUCAUACUCGAACUACUCAACUAGAUACAGAACCGGUCUUGACUUGGUACUCAAGGGGGUAAACCUUGACAUAAAUCCUCGGGAAAAGAUUGGUAUUGUUGGCCGAACGGGAGCUGGUAAAAGUUCUCUAGUCAUGUCACUAUUCAGAAUCAUUGAACCAGUUGACGGAUCCAUCAAUAUCGAUGGUCAGGAUAUCACUAAAAUGGGACUGUUGGACCUAAGAUCUAAUCUAUCGAUUAUUCCCCAGGACUCUCAAGUGUUUGAAGGAACGCUUAGACAGAACCUUGAUCCGGUCGGAUUGUAUUCGGACGAUGAGCUGUGGAGAGUUCUUCAGCUUUCGCAUUUGAAGGACCAUGUUUUAAGCAUGGAAGGUGGCUUAGACGCUUCUAUUGCUGAAGGUGGCUCUAACCUCUCAUCAGGACAACGUCAAUUGAUGUGUCUUGGACGUGCUUUGCUUCAUAGUUCAAGCGUUUUAGUGCUUGACGAAGCCACUGCUUCAGUUGAUGUUCAAACUGAUAAAGUUGUACAAGAAACUAUUCGCAGCGAGUUCAAAGAUAAGACAAUUAUUACCAUAGCCCAUCGUAUAAAUACGAUUUUGGACAGUGAUCGAAUUGCCGUCCUAGAGAAGGGUCUUGUUGCUGAAUUCGACACUCCGGAAAAUUUGUUAAAAAAUGAAGAAUCCUUGUUCUACUCUUUAUGUAAACAAGGUGGACUUUUAAAGGACGAUUCAAGUUCUGAAUCCUCCUAG